AUGUCUACAAACAGUGUUGAUUGGUACGAGUACAAUCCGGAUGAGAAAGAUCUUUUAAUUCGCUCGUGGGCACUCAUUCAACCAAACAAACAAAGUCUUGGAUGUGAUAUUUAUGAGAUGAUAUUUAAUCAAUGUCCUGAGACUCGUUAUCUCUUUCCGAAAAUCGAUACUUUUGGGCAUAAAAAAGAGCUUCGAAAAAACAACGAGUUCGUCUUUCAGGCAUUGCGUUUUAUGCAGGUGGUUGAAAGCGCAAUGCGAAAUCUCGACAGUCUCAACAAUAUGAACACGAUUUUGGAUAAUUUAGGCCGAAGACACGGGAAAUUAGAGUUGGUAGGCAAAUUUCGUCCAUAUUAUUGGUCAGUGUUUCUUGAGUCGAUGAUCUUUCAUGUUCGAAAGUUCUUGGAAGCUAAUCACCGAAAAUUCCCGGAAAAAGAGAUUGAUGGAGCGGUGAUUGUUUGGAGGACUUUACUCAAAGAUGUUGUCCAUCGAAUUAAGGUUGGUUACUUCACUGACAUCGAACACCGUUUGAAUCAAUUGGCCGAAUCGUGUCAAAAUCAAGCCUCUCUUCAUGAUCGGAAGAGAUCAACGGGGAGUGGGAAUGGUCACUUCAUACGUGAAUCAACCAUUGAAGAUGAUGCAAGUGACGACUUUCGAUCAUCUCGCUGUCUCCCGCAACGCCACACCUCAACCAAAUCGGGAUCUUCAAACAGAAAACUUUUUCUUAAAGAUCAUUCAUUACCCGAGGAUUUU